AUGCGAAAAACGCUAAAAAUUGGAAUGAUGUUUGUUGAAAACCGAACAUCCUUGGAUCCAUAUGUCGGCUACAGGACAUCUGCUUCAGCUGUUCUCAUUGCUAGAGAUCGUAUUAUUAGGGAAGGACUACUCCCUGGAAUUGAUUUUGAGUUCUUUCAUGCGUUUGACGAGUGUGAUGAAAUGAAAGCCGCCGGUAUAACAAUAGCGAUGGGUCUGAGCAAAGAUGUUGAUGUGAUUCUUGGUCCAACGUGUAACACGCUAAAGAACACAAUGUCAAGUUGUCUCCAACAAGAGUCUAUUCUGAACGAGCACGCUCUUAUCAUGGCGUAUUUCGGAUGGAACCAAUUCGCGUACAUUUUCGAGAAACAGGACAGUGAUCCAGUGUGUAACACGAUGAAGGACGACAUACAGGCUGUUAUUACGCAAACUGAAGGCCAGAUCAACAUUAACUAUUUGGCAGAAAUCACUUCGAUGAAGCCAGAGACAAUAAAAAAUGUGCUUGAGGAGGUGGCGAAAAGAGCUCGAAGUAGGUCUUCGUAG